AGAGACUCAUCCCUUCUCUCUGGCAUACACAGAUCACCACUGAUCACGAGUUACACACACACACACACACGCUUGCACCACAAACAGAGACCAAAUGAUUCAGUAAAAUAUUGCACAGUGAGUUUAAUAUUUUCCUCAAGAAAGGACUUCACGGACACAAGUGGCUCGGGAUCUCGACGAAGGCCGUCAUCAUGAGUGUUAAACAAGCCUGCAUCUUUCUCAAAGGAGCACCGAGGAGAACAAGAGCUUUGACCCACGACGAGAUAGAAGAGUUGCGUGAAGCUUUUGUAGAGUUUGACAAAGACAAGGACGGUUUCAUCAGCUGUAAAGACCUGGGCAACCUGAUGAGAACCAUGGGUUACAUGCCCACUGAAAUGGAGCUGAUAGAACUGAGCCAGAACAUCAACAUGAAUUUGGGGGGACGGGUGGACUUUGAGGAUUUUGUGGAACUAAUGACCCCAAAGCUUCUGGCUGAAACUGCCGGGAUGAUUGGGUUAAAGGAACUGAAAGAGGCCUUCAGAGAGUUCGAUAUGGAUGGUGACGGCAGCAUCACGUCCGAGGAGCUGAGACACGCCAUGGUGAAGCUACUAGGCGAACAGACCAGCAAGAAUGAAAUUGACGCUGUGGUCAGAGAAGCCGACAACAACGGGGAUGGAACAGUUGACUUUGAGGAGUUUGUGAAAAUGAUGUCACAGAAAUGAGGUCGACAGACAGAGUGGGAAUGAAGAGGAUCCAUUUUUAUUCAAUUGUUGUUCAUUUUCCUGUGAUUUAAGAGGCGUCUGCUUCAUAUAUGAUCCUGUUCAUUCAUCUUAAAUGAUCAAAGAAGAUUAGCUCUUAUGGUUCAAGUUGAUGCAAAUAGAAUUACUCCGUUUGAGUAAUUUAUAACCAAAUACUCAAAUAUACAGAUUAAUCGUGUGCAGUCGUAAUGAAAGUGGUGUUUGAUUAUAUCUGAUUACUGUAGUACUAGCUGGAGUAUUUAUUAUUGUCCCUACGUUGUCUAUACUGCAUAUAUAGGCCACGUGUCUUAUUAAAU